CACACCUGCCCCCUGCCCUGCGCUGCCCAGCCCGUCGCCUUGCUGCUCGCCCGUCUCCCGCCCGCCACGCAACGGCAGCCCAGCCACCUGCACUCCCAUUCCGCGCCGCCGCGCCUCGCCAUGCCGCCGCUGGGCCCGCUGCACGCCGUCUGCUGCCCCGCUCCCCCUCCCUCCCCCGCUCUCCCCCCCCAUUCCCCUUUCCUUUCCGCCCACUCCGCCUCCCCCCGCCGCUCUUUGCCUGUUGUUGCCGUCGGCGCGCUUCAGCGGGGAAGAGGAGCAGCGCAUGGCGGUGUGGGGUUGCGGGGCGGAGAGGUCGGAAGGGCGCAGGCGGAAGUGGUGCGGGCAGUUGAUGAUAGCGAGGAGAUCGGGGAUGGGGGAAUGCGCAGCGCUGGAUGGGGAAGCGAGAGCGACAGCGACCAGGCGGCAGGGCGGAUGGUGGAAGAGAGCAGAGAGGCGCGCACGCCAGGGUCUUCCCAGCACCCACUUCACCAACCCUCACAAGGCGCCGCCUCCCCCUCUCUCGCCCAGCGCCUGCUCUCCGUGCGACGAGCCUCGCAGGCGCACAGUGAGGCGCGGGGGAAGGGGGGAGGGGGAGGGGGGAGCACGAGCAGUGAGAGCAGCGAAGGCGGUGGCAGGGCGGGCGACAUGGGCUCUGGCACCGACCAGCCGUCGCACUCGCAACUACCGCCGCCUUCGCCGUCGCCGUUGCCGUCGCCAUUGCUGCUGACGACAGCAUCAGGGGGUGCGGCAGCUCUGAACCGAAGGCUCGUGGCGGCCACAUGCCUUGCUGACGUCAUGCAGGUGGUGGCCAAUGAGAUGGCUCGCCUGCCCCCGCGCCCUGAGUGGAGCGCGCCGGGUGCAGAGAAGGGCAAAGGGGGGGUUGACGGGAAGGUGCGGGGUGGCGGGAAAGGGGGAAGGCGGAGCAGAGCACGGGCGCAUAGGGAGGGGCAUGGGGGAUGGGGGGCUGGUGGGAAGGGGAAGGAGGAGGGGGAGGGACUGGGGGAAGAAGAGCGCGAGUGGGAGAAGUGGGAGGAGGAGAGGAGGGCGAUGGAGAGAAAGUGGGAGUCAGCAGCAGCAUGCGCUCUCUUCUCUCCCAUCAACGCCGUCACCGCUCUGCACCGCAUUGCACGCCACAUGCAAGCGGAGGGCGUGUCCCCCUCGUCCCGCCUGGCCCUGGCUCUCUCGCCGCCUCUGCGCCUGCUCGUGGCCGCCGCCCUCCCCGCUGUGCGCGCCGCUCACUGCAACGCGCAGACCCUCUCCAACCUCGCCUGGGCGCUCGCCCGCAUUGGCGGCACGGGGGGAGGGGCGGGGGACAUGGCUGGUGGGGGGAAAGCACAGGGGGAGGUGGGUGGAGGCGGGGGCGGUGGGCGCACGUGGGUGUAUUCCGAGGAGUUUGACCUGAUAGCGGCCGCGGUGCUGCGUGUGCAGCACUCCCUCACCUCCCAGCACGUGGCCAACGUCGCCGCUGCCUUCGCUCUCGCCCGCCACCUCCCGCCCUCCGCCCUCCUCCCUGCCCUCGCCCUCCAAGCCUGCUGCGCGCUCCCCCCCUCCCCGCCCUCAUUCACGCGCCCCCCUUCCCCGCCCCCCGUGUGCGGUGUGCUGUCCCCCCACGAGCUGUCGCAGCUGCUGUGGGCCUUCGCCACGCUCCACCACCCGCUGCCCCCCGCCCUCUCCCACGCCCUCAACCGCGCCGCCGCCUCCUUCUCCCCAUCCCCGCUCCCCCGCGCCCACAACCAGCUGCACAUGACUGCCUUCUCCCCUCCGCCCCCCUGCCCGUUGUCCUCGCUGCCCUCGUGGUCCCCCCAGCAGCUGGCCAACAGCGUGUGGGCGCUGGCCGUGCUGCAGCACACUCAAGGGGCGCUCUUCCACGCGCUCUGGGGGGAGGUGGCACGGCGGAGGGCGGAGUUCUGUGGGGGGGAAGACGAGGGAGGGGGAGGGGGGGAGGAACCGGAAGGGGCAGGAGGGACGCGUGUGGGAGAGCGGCAUUUGAGUCAGCUGUUUCAAGCGGCAGUGACGCUCAGGGCGGAGAGGGGGGGAGGCGAGGCGCGGGGGAAAGAGGGUGAGGAGGCGCGUGCUGGGGGGAGUGGAGAGGCGAGAGGAAAGGCAGAUGCGGGCAAUAGGAGUGGGGGAGGGGUGGAGGGGGCGGGUGUGGAGGAGGCGGAGUGGGUGUGGGAGGAGGGCGCCCGGGUGUGGCAGCGAGAGGCGCGGCGGGCGAAGGGGAAGCCGGCGAGCCACCGAGAGGUGGAGCGGGCUCUGCAGGCCAUGGGGCUCGUGGCGUGGAGGGGGGGCGAGGGGGUAAGAGGAGGGGAGGAGGGAGAGGAGGGAGGUGAGGAGGAGGGGCGAUGGGGUGGGGACACGGGGUGGGCGUCGGAGUACUCGUCGGCGGAGGUGUGGCACUACUCCAUCGACAUCGCCCUGCCCGCCACACGCAUUGCUCUGGAGGUGGACGGGCCCUCGCACUUCACACGCAACACAUUGACUCCUCUGGGCUCCACAGCUCUCAAGCGGCGCCAUCUGGAGGCUGCUGGCUGGACAGUCGUCUCCAUCCCCUUCUACCAUGUAUUGGAACCAGCUGCCAGGUGAAGCGGAGCAACAAGAAUAUCUAGAGCAAGCUC